AUGACGGAUGAACAAGAACUUUUGGAUUAUGAUGAAACAGAUGAUCAGGCACAAUCGACAACGGGUAAUGCUGGUGGUGCAUCGUCUACAACAGGAGGUGCAAGUAAUGGUAGUGCUAUAGCAACAUCAAAAUUACAAAAUGGAAGUGAUGGUUCAUUACAACCAAAAAUUGGUCGUGGUACCUAUGUUAGUAUACAUGCAUCCGGUUUUAAAGAUUUUCUAUUAAAACCAGAGUUAUUACGAGCGAUUAUGGAUUGUGGUUUUGAACAUCCAUCUGAAGUUCAACAUGAAUCAAUUCCACAAGCAAUUCUUGGUACAGAUAUCGUUUGUCAAGCAAAAUCCGGUAUGGGUAAAACGGCUGUGUUUGUUUUGGCUACAUUACAACAAUUAGAACCCGUAGAUGGGCAGGUUGUCGCUAUAAUUAUUUGUCAUACACGCGAAUUGGCAUUUCAAAUAAGUCGUGAAUAUGAGAGAUUUUGUAAAUAUAUGUCACAAGUGCGUGUUGCUGUUUUUUUUGGUGGUUUACCAACAAAAAACGAUGAAGAUUUAUUGAAAAAAAAUUGUCCACACAUUGUUGUUGGCACACCGGGUCGUAUUUUGGCGUUGGCUAAAAGUAAAGCAUUGAAUUUACGUCAUGUUAAACAUUUCAUACUGGAUGAAUGUGAUAAAGUACUGGAAUCACUUGAUAUGCGUCGUGAUGUACAAGAAAUAUUUAAACUAACACCACAUGACAAACAGGUUAUGAUGUUUAGUGCAACAUUGAGUAAAGAAAUUCGUCCGGUUUGCAAAAAAUUUAUGCAAGAUCCAAUGGAAAUUUAUAUUGAUGAUGAAACAAAAUUGACAUUACAUGGUUUAAGACAACAUUAUGUUAAGUUGCGUGAAAAUGAGAAAAAUCGUAAAUUAAUUGAUUUAUUAGAUAAAUUAGAGUUUAAUCAAGUUGUCAUUUUUGUUAAAUCCGUACCACGUUGUACAGCAUUAUGUAAAUUGCUAAUUGAACAAAAUUUUCCUGCGGUUGAAAUACAUCGUGGAAUGCCACAAGAAGAACGUUUAUUACGUUAUAAAGAAUUUAAAGAAUUUCAAACACGUAUAUUAGUAGCAACCAAUUUAUUUGGUCGUGGUAUGGAUAUUGAACGUGUUAACAUUGUUGCACGUGCUGGUCGUUUUGGAACAAAAGGUUUGGCAAUAACAUAUGUGGCAGAUGAAAAUGAUGCAAGUGUAUUGAAUGAUGUGCAAAGUCGAUUCGAAGUACAAAUAACAGAAAUGCCCGAUGAAAUUGAUGUCACAACAUAUAUCUUACCAUCAAAGAAAGUAAUAACUACUUCUGCUGUGAUGGUGAUCGAAGUUCCUGUUGUUCAAAUAAUUAGUGAUUCACAGGACGCAGCGGAUAGUGAAAAAAAAUUAGAUGAAUUAGAUGAAACCACUCCUGGUGUACCUUUAACAAGUGUCUUAGGGAACAGCAAUGAAUUAAUCAGUAUUGAAAAGAAGUUACGUGUAGAAGAUUUUCGUUUACUACGAUAUCGUUUUAAUAAUUCAAAUCAAUCAGUUAGUGCUGCUGAUCAAACAGUCAAUCUUUACGAUGAUAAUGAAAAAUAUUUGGGAUCAUUGAAUAAAGAAGAUUUUAUAGAAUCAUUUGAAACCAUACUCGAUGUUAAUCAAUAUCGAAAUCAGUUAGAAAAACUAUUUGACAAGCUCAAUUCAAAAGAAACUGGUUUAAUUAAUUGGAAUGAUUUUUGUACGUAUAUGUUACAACAUUAUCAAGAAGAAGACUAUGAGAAUACUCUGCGUACAUCACCAUUUAAUAGUGAACCCAAAAUACGUCAUGUACCACAUAAUAAGCAAGAAUUAACGGCAAAAAUUUUACAUUUGGAAAAUCCUGUUAAAUUUGUUAAUAUAAGCAAGGAAGGUUAUCUAGGAUUAUGGACAACAAAUCUUGUACUAGAAAAAACAUAUUCAGCUGCUGAUGAAUUAGAUGAUGGUUUAAAUAAUCGUCGACGAGCUGGAAUGUGGGUGACAGAUGCUAUUUAUAUGACAGAUACCCAUAAACUUGUUAUUGCAUCAACAAGUCUUAAAAAUGUACCCACAUGUUUAGAUUAUUAUGCAAGUGAUAAAAGUGCCAAUGGUGAGUCAGCAUUGAUGUUUGGCGAUGAUUGUGGUUAUAUCCAUAUAUUAUAUUUUAAAAAUCCCAUAAAUGCUCUAUUCGAUCCAUUAAGGAAAAAAUCGGAUGCAGCUAAAUUAGAGAAAACAGAUGAUGCUACACAGAGAAUAUUUUGGGAGGAAUUGAAAGAUCAUGAAAAAUAUGUUCGCUAUUAUUCAAUGGGUCAAAUACAUGGCGAAUAUAUUCGAAAAAUUUUGUAUGUACCCCAUAAUAAUUCAAUUAUUGCAUCAAGUGGUGAUAAUCGAAAUUCAUUAAUUAUUUCAAAUGUAAAUAAACUUAAAAAACCUUAUAUAUUUCGAUUAUAUAAGGGUUGUGAAUGUUUUGACUACAGUCGAACAUUAAAUCUUCUUCUUACCGGUGGUGCUGAUUAUUUGGCUCGUAUUUGGAAUCCAUAUGUAACAUCAAAAAAUAUUUCAAUUCUUGAAGGUCAUCAUGCGGCUGUUAUCGAUAUUAAAAUAAAUGAUCGAUUAAAACAAUGUUAUACAUUUAGUAAAGAUGCGGUUGUAAAAGCAUGGGAUCUAAAAGAAUUUAUAUGCAUUCAAACAAUAUCAAUUCGAUUUCCAAGUACAUUAUCAGGAAAAACGCCUAGUUUUGGAUUAUUUGCAACUGAUUUUUAUGUGAAUACAAAUCAAAAUUCUGAUUCAAUGCCCGGUGCAUUAGUAUUAGCCUGCAAUGAUUAUUUGUCCUUAAUGAAAUUGGGUCAUGAUAGUUCAAAAGAUAGUUCUUUAUCUGAAACACAUAAUGCACCAUUGAGUUGUGCUAUUUAUAACAAGAAAUUAAAACAACUUAUAACAUGCGCGGAUGAUUCGAGUCUUGGUGCAUGGGAUAUUGAAAGUGGUCGAAAAGCAUUUUUUAUUGCCGAUGCUCAUGAAGGCGAAGAAAUAACAUGUGUUAAUAUUGAUAAAGCAUGUAGAAAAAUUGGUACGGGUGCUAGAAAUGGAGUUGUGAAAAUUUGGAAUGCUGCUAAUGGACACAAUAUUCAUAUUUUACCAAGUAUAGAUGAUUCUGAAAUUACCGGAAUUAUAUUUGCUGAUAAAGGAUUAAUUACUGUUGGAUGGUCAAGAAAAAUUGUCAAAUAUUCCGAUAUUAUAUCGGAGGAUAAAGAUGAUGAACAAAAAGGGGCGCGUGAGCUUGUUCUUCCAAAACCAGAUUUAACAUGGCGUGGUUCACAAGUUCAUAAAGAUGAUAUAUUAUGUUGUGAAUUUUUGUUACCAAAUAUUAUGUGUACAGCUAGUUAUGAUGGUGAAAUCAAUGUUUGGAGUGUGGAUACAGAAAAAUUAAUUAUUUGUCUAAGAAAAGCUCCAAAAGUAGAUACGACAAAAUCGGUAUCAGAUGGCCGAGAGAGUGCAAUUAGAGGUUCCAAACGACCUAAUUCUCGUCAUCUCAAAUAUGAACAAAUACCUCGUGGACAACCAAUUCCAAUUGAUAAAUUAUUAUUUUUAAAACAUCGUGCUAAAGAAAAUAUGAAAUUAGGUGUAUUGUUUUCAAGUGAAGGUGGCUAUUUGUAUUGUUGGUCAUUGUAUGGUGAAAAAAAGAAGAUGGCUUGUUUUUAUGCUUCUUCGAAAGAAGGUGAAUCCAUAUUGGCAUUAAGCACAGAUCAAAAGAAUAAUCGAUUAAUUUGUGGUGAUACACGUGGUGAAAUUCGUGUGUGGGAUAUUGAACAUUAUUGUUCACAACCAGAAUUAGUAACAAGUGAUAUAAAUAAUGAUGAACCACCUCUACUAAUUGCAUUUCAAGCACAUCAUUCAGUUAUUAUUAAUUGUGAAUGGAUCGAUUAUAAAGAAAAUGAAUAUCUAAUAACAUCAUCGACAGAUCAUACUGCUCGACUAUGGACAAUGAAUGGCGAAGAAAUCGGAAUAUUUGGACAACGAAAUUUUUGGGAUAUUGAAUUGUUGUUAACAACAAGAGAGAAUGAAACAAAUGAUAAUCAAGAUGAAAGAGAUUUUGUCUCAACAACUAAGAAAUCAAAUAACGAUCUACCUCCAGAGAUUCAAGUUACAACCGAAGAAAAUGCACACAUAUCACGACCAAAAUCUAUGAAAAAAGAAGUUUCAGUUGAUAUAUCAGAAGUCGAUCAACGAAGUAUAACGUUGCCGGCGCUACCUAGUGCACCGCAAAAUUCACAAGAGCUCGAUAAUAUAUCAAAUAGAGCAAAAACAGCCAGUCUAUCACAGUCAACUUCGCUUGGAUUAACGAUUGAACGAGGUUUAACACAACAAAAAUUUUAUCGUCAAGAACGACGAAAUCGUAUUAGUGAAAUCGAUGGUAGACAACUGACAAAAGGUGGUGAAAUUGACCUACCCAAUUUUGACAAUACGUCAAAUUAUGCUACCGCUAUGAAUCACUCUCAACAAACCUCAAAACGUUCAAAUAUGGGGGACCUAACUCAAUUUUCAUCGUUCGAUGACAGUGAAACACGAGAUAAAUUAACAUUGCCACCAAUAAGUCGACAAAAAACAUCGAUGACAACGGAAGAUAAAUAUAGUUUACCAUCAAGAAACAAUACUUUUAUGAAAUCGGUGUCAGAAAUUGUAAAUUAA